AUGCUGGCCCCUCGCUGUCACCGAGAUCAUUCGGUUUCACUCGAUCGUCUCUGCUCUAUCCGAAAUAUGCGGUUUACCUAAAGUGUUCGUCGCGUCGAUUCCAACAUCGAUAAACGGUGCUCGUUUUCCGCGUUGAAAGGUUCGAAUUUUCUCGCAGCAGAGAGGCAAAAAGACAGAAUCGAGAGGGAGAGAGAGAGAGAGAGAGAGGGAGAGAGUGGAGUAAAUCGUCUCGGUCUGGUGGUGGUACGUGGCGUUCUUCGAGUGCAGAUUCACCGAUCGACCAGGGAAACGCUAAUUCGAAGGAAAUGGAAGGCACGGGAAUGAUUAAUGACGCGGCCGUCCGCCAGGAGAGCAGGAAGCUGUGGCAGUACCUCGCUUCUAUUUCCGCAUGUAUACUGGUGGUCGGUGUGGGCACGGCUCUGGCAUGGACCUCACCGGUGCUUCCACAGCUGUACGCAGCCGAUUCGUGGCUGAUCAUCACCAAGGAACAAGGUUCCUGGAUCAGCUCUCUGCUGGCGCUGGGAGCCAUCGCCGGUGCUCUGGGUUCGGGAUCGAUGGCCGACAAAAUGGGACGAAAAAAGUCUCUUCUUCUGCUAUCCGUUCCAUUCUUGCUCUCCUGGGGUAUCAUCCUCGUCGCCACCGAAGUGAAGCUUCUGUACAUCGCCAGAUUUUUGGUCGGUAUCGCGGUUGGCGCAGGAUGCGUCCUCGGACCGACCUACAUCUCCGAAAUCUCCGAAGUCUCGACCAGAGGAACGCUGGGCGCGCUGUUUCAGCUGUUCCUCACCGUUGGAAUUUUCGUCGCGUUCAUCCUCGGAAGCGUUCUCAACUACACCAUGUUGGCCCUUGUGUGCGCUCUUAUCGUCGUUCUCUUCUUGGCUACCUUCUAUUGGAUGCCCGAAUCUCCUGUCUGGUUGGUGAAUCAAAACAGAAAGCAAGAAGCCACGUCGGCCAUGUCGGUACUCAGAGGGGAGGACUACGAUCCCAAACAGGAACUGAACGAGAUGCAGAAGGAAGCGGAGGCCAGCACGGGCAAGAAGCCCAGCCUCUCCGACAUGGCGAAAGAUCCGGUUAACAAGAAGGCUAUGAUCGCCUCCUUCGGUAUGAUGUUCUUUCAGCAGGCUUCCGGCGUAAACGCCGUCAUCUUCUACACGGUGAUGAUCUUCGAGGCGUCCGGAAGCUCGAUGGCGCCAGAACUGGCGUCCAUUCUCGUCGCGUUAGUUCAGUUGGUGAUGUCAGGCGUGGCGGCGUUGAUCGUGGAUAGAGCAGGAAGGAAGCCGCUGCUCAUGAUUUCCACCAGCAUUAUGUCGGUCAGCCUGAUCGCGCUUGGAUAUUACUUCCAGCAGAAAGACGGCGGAAGCGACGUCAGCUCGCUAGGCUGGCUGCCGCUGGCCUCCCUGAUCGUCUUCAUGGUCGCCUUCUCCAUCGGAUUGGGUCCGGUACCAUGGAUGUUGAUGGGUGAGCUGUUCGCCGCGGAAACGAAAGCGGUCGCCUCCAGCGUCGCGGUCAUGUUAAACUGGUCGUUGGUGUUCAUCGUAACAAAAACGUUCCCGAUGAUGAACAAGGAGUUAGGUACCGACAUGACGUUCUGGAUCUUCGCCGUGGUGAUGGCUUGCGCCACGGCGUUCACGCACGUCUUGGUCCCGGAAACCAAGGGCAAAACCUACCAACAGAUCCACGACGAACUUCAAGGUGGCCCUAUCGUGGAUAAAUCGGUUCAACAGAUGAAAACUAUCGCCUGAAAGCGAUCUUCGAUAACGAUCUUAACGUUAGAAAAAUAUUUCCAACCUUUUCGUACAUUCAUCCACUCGAAGCGUUCGAAUCGUCUUUCCCAUCGCUUUUAAACGUCGAUCGGAUCACGUCGUCGUAUCAUCGUCGAUCUCGUUUAUCGAUGGCGCACGACCGUGGCCUAAAAUCGAUUUGUUAUUAUUUCUCCGACGAAAUCACGAACGAAACGGUGCGGAGUCUCGUAACAUCUCGACUCGUCCGACGAAUCCGAUCGAUUUAAUUAUUUUGAUCGAUCGACCGAUCCGCCCGGUGCAAUCGUAAGAAGCGCGACCAAGCGCCGGAGACGCUUUCGCGCGAAACGAACGUGGACGUUUUCUGGUAGAAGACGCGAUCGAUCGAAUACGCCCUCGGCUAACGAGACGCUGUUUGUCCGUUACACAACCGUAAUUUUUAUUCUAUCGAAUUACCGACGUUCGAAAAGCACCGACAUCGCCUCUGCCAACCAUCGACGCUUCGCCUCUUGCAAUUUUUAUCGCGUUUCUGUAUUUAUUGCCCGUAUGGAAGCGUAUCCGUUCGAUACGGUGCUCCAUCGUCGAUUCAUAUUUGAUCGUUGUUCUCGUAAGCAAUUUAUUUUCGUUCAGGCAAAUCAGUCGCGACGAUUCGCUGUGACCCCAGCGACAAAGAGCAACGGCGAGUUUCUCGUUUUUCGGUCGUUUAAUUUCGUAAUGUCGAUCCAGCGGUCGAGGAAUGUGCCCACGCCCGACAUCGUUAUCGCGAGUGGACGAUUAUCUGGAUGACGUUCACAAUGGAAAGAUUCACCGUUGCAUCGCCGGCCGUUCCACGUAUCUCGCGCUAUCGUCUUUUAUUUUACAUUUUCCUUGAUUUCUCGAGGAUAUGGAUACGGCGACCGCGGGACGAGUGUCUCGUGCCGAUAACCACGAUAACUGCCGCGAGGCUAUCGUCUAGUCUGGUAAUCGAGCGAUCGACGCGUAAUUCUUUAUAGCGUCUUUAUAUUCUCUCUCUCUCUCGCCCAUUUCUCCUUUUUCCUCCUUUACGAUACAUUUUCUGAAACCAUCGUAUCAACGAAUCGUACACCGCGUCACUCUCAUGGCCGUCAUGAAGAAAGAGGUGUCCGUUAUAAAAAAUCAAACUCGACGUCACGAUUCAUUGACUUUUUCGACUUUUUUUACCUUCUUACGUAUAAGAAGAUUUAUAAUAUUAAAAAUGUAAGAAGAUAAUCACGCUGCGUACAAUAAAGCGUAAAUGUUAAACUCGU